ACCGCGAGCGCAGGCACGCGUGAUCACACGAAUUUAUGCGUGAAAAUCAACGGUACAUCGAGAGAUACGUGUACGAAAGUAAUGCACGAUUAUGAGCCGGUGGUAAAGUGGUGAUAUCUCAUUGAUCCAAGUGUCGCCGCCGCGUAAACAAUCGUCACAAAGAUGAACGCUCUCGAACGCACGGGUUACGGUCCUUCUGUCACACGGAGCACAGAUAUCGAGGAGCAGGUGGCAGCAAUCGCGCUGGAGCUUUAAGAACCGAGGGGUGGAGGCUGGAGAACGCAUUUCCCGUCGGAUACUUGGAUCAGCCGAAGAAGGAGGAUCUUGGCGCAACCUGUGCACGUUCUCCUUCUUCGUCGGUUAACAGCAACAAAGAGCUAAGAAGAAGUAGAAGGGAAGAGGAAAAGGAAAAAAUCGGUGGACACGUUGAGGAUGAGGCAGGUAGUUGUGCUGGAGCCGGCUGGCAGUGUUCUGGUGAUCAGGCAGACUUCCCUCGGUGGUAACGUCGCUACCGGUAACACCAAUUCCAAUGCUGGAUCCAAUAACGCUCACGAGACCCAUGGGCUCGCCAAUCACGCCGCCGUGUCCACGAUUGCCUCCAAUGAUCACAAUCAGAAUCGUAUCGUCGUCGUACGCUCAUCCUCCUCGACCUGCAUGACCACCACGGUUCCACAGAAGACGUCCAACAUUUUUCACCAGGCCGACAAUCAUUCCGCCACCAACGGUAACACCAUCAACGCGAACCUGAACGGGAACACCGUAGCGAUCGGUAACAAAACAUCGACGAAGGCCGGCGGGGGUGGUACGAAGUCGAACGAGAGGAACGAUCACCUAAGGAACGAUCACAAGAGCCAAGAAGGGAUCGCCGGUGAAUCGAACUCUGGAUGUCGUCCAAGGACGAGCAAGGAGGCUGCACACGAGAACGUCUCCUUAGACAGGAAGCUCGAUGGCGCGGAUCCCAUCUCCGAUGGGGAUCCGAUAAAACUUCCGGAGAAUUUGGAGACCUUGCCACGAGCUGAACAUUUUCCAACCCAGAGGCACCGAUGGAACACCAACGAGGAAAUUGCUGCUAUUCUGAUCAGUUUCCAAAGGCACGCGGAAUGGCAAAGUCGGGAGGUGAAGGUACGGCCACGAAGUGGUUCGAUGUUACUGUACUCGAGAAAGAAGGUCCGCUACCGGCGGGACGGUUAUUGCUGGAAGAAGCGGAAAGAUGGCAAAACUACACGAGAGGAUCACAUGAAACUGAAGGUUCAGGGUGUCGAGUGCAUCUACGGCUGUUACGUGCACUCGGCUAUCCUACCGACGUUUCAUCGGCGUUGUUAUUGGCUACUACAGAAUCCAGACGUCGUCCUCGUUCACUACUUAAACGUUCCUUACCCGGACGGUGAUGCAAAGCUAGCGGCGCUGCCACCGUGUCUCGCACUGCCGCCAGAUAAGAAGGAGUGGACGCGAGACGAGCUGGCUUCUCAGCUUAGACCCAUGUUCCUCGGUGGAGAUGACGAUCCUAACAAUCCUCAUCUUACACAACACUCCAAUCAUCCCGUCGACAUGAUAGUUUCUCAACUGUUGGACAGACAGAGGGCAUCUUCCACUUCUUCUACCACAAGCACACAGCUUGCACCCAGGAGACUAACACCGGACAAUCAGGUUUCUUCGACUACCGGAGGUCAGCAGUCGUCAACAACAGCCUCACCGGCUCCCCGCGUAUACUCAAGACAUUCCCACACGACUCAAAGCCAACAGCCGGCUCCUCUAGUUUUAAGUUUGCAACAAAUCCAAGGUGGUGGCGGUCUUCUGAUACAACAACAGCAGCAGCAGCAGCAGCAGCAGCAGCAGCAACAACAACAACAGCAAAGUCAACAAGUGGAGAUGCAACAGGUCACGGAGCAACAAAUUGUACAGCAGACGAGUGUGGACAGGGAGCAGCAGACACAACAGGAGAUCGAUGCUCAGGAGAGCAUGGAUCGUUCGACGGUGCAAUCGUUGCCCAUCGGUGGUGCCGGCUCCGAGGUCACCGAUUUCGCCGAGACGCUGGAUCUCAGUCAGGAGGAUAUUCAGAGAACGUUGUCGGCGAACAUGGUACCACCUUCUCCGUCACCUUCUCCAGCGGACAACAGCAUGAUCAAUCCGAUGGAUUUCAUCGAUUCCUCGGACGACGUUCUGGUCAACUUGGACGCGUUCGAUGUGUUCGGUGAUCUGCCGGAACUGCACGAUUUCGAGGCUGAACAGACGAAGGCGGAGGAGAGAGGAGGGUCCGAUAAUGACGUGGGAUGUCAUCCUGGAACAACCGUCCAUAUUGCGGAGUACAGUCCGGAGUGGAGUUACACCGAGGGUGGUGUAAAGGUGUUGGUAGCUGGUCCAUGGACCGGUGGAAGCAAUUCUCAGUCCUAUUCGGUGCUGUUCGAUGCCGAACCGGUCGAGGCGUGCCUGGUACAGCCAGGAGUGUUGCGUUGUCGUUGUCCAGCUCAUGCUCCGGGUAUAGCGUCCCUCCAGGUCGCGUGUGACGGCUUCGUUGUUUCCGAUAGCGUUGCUUUCGAGUAUCGUCGAGCACCAACAACCGAGCCAAGUCCAGAACGAGCUCUUCUCGAUCGUUUGGCGGAUGUGGAGUCUCGUCUGCAAGGACCUGGCCCUCCAUCUCCCGCGGCUCAUCUGGAAGAGCGAUUAGUCGCGUAUUGUCAAGAUGCUGUUGUCCGUCCGUGGCGAGCCGGAGCGGAACCACUGCAAUCCGGCGGACCUACUCUGUUGCAUUUGGCCGCUGGAUUGGGCUACUCCAGGUUAGCCUGCGCCCUCCUUCACUGGAGAGCGGAAAAUCCUAGUAGCGUGUUAGAUGCGGAAGUUGACGCUUUGAGGCAGGAUAGCGCUGGUCUCACGCCACUUGCUUGGGCUUGUGCAGCAGGACACGCGGAUACUGCCAGGAUCCUUUAUAGAUGGAACGCAAUGGCGCUUCGCGUGAGGGAUUGUCAGAAUAGAACAGCGACCGAGUUAGCCGCAGAGAACGGUCACACAGCGAUCGCUGAAGAAUUGAAUCGACUGGAAGCGAGAAGGCAAGACGAGAGGCUUUUCUUGCGACCCGCCAGCCCUAGUCCUAGGAGGCCAUCUCAAGACAGCGGUCUCGAUCUGGCGUUGUGUGGCUCGCCGCUGCUGGACAACAUGGAAUUGUUGCAAGAGGAUGACUCGCCAUUAGCCCUCAGCGAGCAGGGAAUGGAAAGCGCUCCGACCCCUCAGGAGACUGUAGGGGAAGAAGACGCGAGGGUGCUGACAUUGGCUGAGCAAAUUAUAGCUGCGCUACCGGAAAGGAUCAAGAGAGCGGAAGGUGAUUCUCCGUCUUCUUCCUCGCCACCUCCCCCGGCACCGCCCUUGUCAUCUCUAGAGGAUGCUUUAAUGGAACAAAUGCCACUCGAUUCCGGAGAAUUGUUCGACUCGUAUCGCGAGUGCAGCGGAGGAGCGGCAUCAGUCUCGGAUGCUGACGCAGAUGCUAGUCCGUCAAGUCCAUCUAGCAGCUGCCUCACACCGGACUCGCCAUCUCCGCCGCCCACGACCGCCGACUUCUGCGAAUUUUUGCAACUGCAGUUGCAGCUAGACGGCAGUAACGGUCACAACGGUCAAUACUACUCGACCAGCGCCGGUGACCGGAAGUUCGGUAACGUGAUGGGAUCGGGAUUGUGCGGAAGUGUGACAGGCGGUGGUAACGGAAACGGUGACGGAAACGAAGCGGAUCUAAGCAGGCUGACGCUGUCCGAUCGUGAGCAAAGAGAGCUAUAUCAUGCCGCUAGAAUGAUCCAGAAAGCCUACAGAAAUUACAAGGGACGUCAGAGGCAGGAGGAGGCCGAGAGACACGCUGCUGUACUCAUCCAACAAUAUUAUCGCCGACAUAAACAGUACGCUUAUUUUAGACAAGCUACGAAGGCUGCUCUGGUGAUACAAAGUAACUACAGGAAUUAUCGCUCGCGACCAGGCUCGGCUAGCUCGAGGCAACAGGCGGUCCAUCAGCAGGCAGCCCAUCAGGCCGCGAGAAAGAUACAGCAGUUCAUGCGUCAGUCGAAGAUCAAGCUGCAGAACGCCAGGGCCGCCGCAAACGGGAACGGGAGGCCGCCAGCGGGCAUUUUACGGGCGGUUGCUGUCCCCCAAAGCUCGCCCUCAUCUAGCCCAGGGGCCAGCCUAGUAGCCGCCAACCAAGAGGUCGUUUGAUUGACUGUCGAUCGAACGGCACGCAGAAUGGCGACGAUACACCGGAAGUAAAGUAACAGAGCCUAGUCAUCCGGAAGAAAAAAAAAAAAAAAAGGAAAAAAGUGAAAAAAGUAUCGGACGAUCGUCACGAUGUAUAUACAUAUAGAUAUAUACAAAUGCUCUGCUACCUAUGGAAUUUUCAUCGUAACACUUCACACACAAAUACACACUAUAAACGAGAGGAUUCCCCAAUCGGAUGAUAUACCGACGAUCCAACAACAAGAGACACGGACACGCUUUGCUCUCUACAUCCAUAUAAUUCUAUUUAAUCACGUACCUGUCUUUGAUCUUGCUAAAUCUAUCCAUCGUACGUAUCUCUUUGUCCAACAGUUCAAGGCUCAACGAACGACUCCUGUUUAUCCUUGAUAUCCUUCCGUUUGGUAUCCACACUUGGAUUAUUUCGACACCGCUGCUGUGUUGUUUUACCAGAGAAAUUUUACACCACGAUUCUCCUGUGCAUUUGUUUCCUCGGUCGAUGUGACGCUAAAACAAAAAGUGGUAUCCUGGAGGUAGGUGGGUCUCUACACACCCAAGUUUUCGUGUACCCGUGCAAAGCGAUUCAAGCAUAAUAGAUAAUGCAUCGAUGUAUUUAAGGAUCGUGUUGAUUCGAGGCAUGUUCGUUGAAAAUUGUCCUCGCUGAUCGAGGUGUCAAUUUCGAUCGGAUACUUUUUACGACUGAGAGUACAAAAGAGGCUAUGUUUCUUUCGCUGAGACAUUUUCUUUUUUUUCUCACCCAACGAAUUACCCCUUUUUUCUCGUUCAUUUGCCACACACACACGCAUACACACACACGCGCGCGCGUAAUAGAUAGUGUUUUUACUCUCUUGCCUAAUUUUGUCAUUCUUGCAAAGUCUGCCACUUGUCGAACGAGCCGUUCUCGGGGUCCGUCAUUCGUUUAUUGUCCGUCUCUUUUCUUUCACACUUUUACGUAUCUAUUAUUUACGUAAAGAAGUACAAGACUCGAUUUUGUAGACAGCGACGAGGGAAGAACAGUAUUGAUAAGACUUACUUAGAGACGCCGUUGAAGAGGUUUUUCUUUUUGUACGUUUUACCUGUUCCUCGCAUCUCUUAAUUUAUGUUUUUACUUGUUAAUCUCGGAGUGGGACGAAGAACGCGUUAAGUAUUUAUAUUUAAUAUAUACACAUAUACGAUGUACGUGUUAUUUUAACGAG